AAGUUCCGAGGGUCGUCUUGGAGCUUCAAUAACGGCAGCGGAGCCGAUCCCUUCUCAUUGAUACAUCUCCUACUACGGCCGAACCGACGUCCGGACGCAAUGGAUCUCGCUUACGACCAUAUCCAAGAGGAGACCAUCAAGAAUGCUGGCGAGGGAGGAGAGGGCGCGAAGCAGGAGAACACUCUGAACAGCGACAUCCAGGAAGCCUACAAGGCGUUCUCAGCCAGUCCAUGGGGCGCCAAGAUUGGAGGUUUCUUUGGUAAUGUGAUCAAACAGGGCGAAUCGGUCUACACCCAAGCUUCCAAGGAGAUUGCAGAGGUCGGCGAAGAUGCGCAGAAGGGCCUUUCCAGCCUUCGGGAAACCAUCGCAAACAGAACGCGCUCGCUUUCUCUCACAACCAUCAUCCCCGAUCUGUCCACCACCGACGCCGACGAUAGCCAGAGGACCCCGACCAAUGCGACAACUCCGGCAGCGGGCGAAGCCUCCUCUACACAAGAGUCUGAAACAGUGCUGUCACGCUUAAGAUCCGAGGCCGCGAAGCGCUUGAAGGACCUUCAAAAGGCCGAGGACGCCGCAGACGAAGCGCUGCUCAAAUUUGGAACCAACAUUCGAGAUUUUUUACGAGACGCCAUUAGCGUCGCGCCUCCUGAUGAAUCCAACCAAGGCAGCCAGGUCAUGUUCGAGAGCAAGGACGCCCAGGGAAAGCGGGUGAUUCAUACUUCGCGGUUCGAGGCACAGCUGCAUGUCAUCCACACAUCGCCGGAGAGCUUCACCAAGGACCCAUCUGCCACAGAAUACGAACAAUGGACCAAGGGCUUUGAUCUCGACAAACAGACGGAUGAGAUUAGCAGCGACUUGGCGAAGUACCCCGAACUGCGCUCGACCAUGGAGAAGCUUGUGCCAGACCAGAUUCCCUACGCCGACUUCUGGAAGAGGUACUACUUUUUGCGUCACGGCAUUGAGACGGCUGAAUCACGACGACGGGACCUUCUUAAAGCUGCGUCUACGGAGGACGAGGUUGGCUGGGAUGACGACUCGGAGGAAGAGGAGGACGAAGACUCUGAGGAAGAAGAGUCCGAAGACGAUAACGACAAGCCCGCGAAGCCCGCCUCUACCGCUGCCGACGCCAAGGGCAAGAAACCCGAAUCCGUUGCUUCCUCCACCACAAUCCAGGGAGCUGCUGGCGCCAAAGAGUCGAAGCCUGACGAGGCGAGGAAAUCCCAUGAUGAAAAGUCCGAGGCAGAAACCGACGCCAGCUAUGAUGUUGUGGGAGCGGCUUCGGGAAAGACGAGCCAGCUGCCUAGCCGGACACCCAAUAGCCCCAAAGAAGCCAAGAAAAAGGGGGAUGACGACAGUGACGAUGACAGCGAUGAGGACUGGGAGUAGGUUCUGCGCCGCGUCCCAUUCUGUGCGUGUGCGUGUGCGAGUAUGCUUUGUUUCCUAGAGCUUGGGCGGGUUGGGCGUUUAGGAUUUCCAUCGCCUUUUGACAGGUUUGAGCCGUCGCGGGCGCUGUAUCGCUCUGUUU